CCUGCACGUACUCUUCUCUACUUCUCUUUGGUUCCCUGGGAAAACAUCACGUGAACGAACUGCCAGCGGUGGCUGAACCCAGAGCCCUUUAGGUAGUAAACUGCAUGGCUUGAGACCCGCGUGCAUGAUACAUCUCUGCCAUGGACGGAGACAGGAGGACAACUAUCUUCCGAUUUCCUGCCUGUUUGUGAGAGUCAGCCAAUCAGACGAUUUAAAGCACAAGUGGGAGCAGGCGGUGGUGUGGCGCCGCCGGCGGGAAGAGCUGCAGGACCAGACUGAGCGCCACCUGCAGAGGAUGGAGUAUCUGAGACGUGCUCGCCAGACCGGCCUCACCCCCACCAGAGGCUGGUGCCCGCCAGACAUCUGCCCAGCCGCCUGCGAGCUGGGGCGCACGACUGUGCCGGCCGCGCCGCAUCCACCUGCCACGCCGCCGACCUCCGGACCAGCUUCGCCGGCGCCGCUGGGUUCUCAGGGGCGGCCACCUGAACUCACAACUCCCCGUCGCUUGGCCAGGGCCCCGGGACGCCGACGGUCCGGGCUGAUCCCCUCUCCCGCUCGCGGUGGGGUGAGUAGGUUCGGCUGGAUGGCUCCCCGGCCUCAGUCAGGCGAUGGGGGUAUGUGGCGUGGUCAUUUACAUUUGUCUUUGGACAUUUUCAGAGGAAUAUUUUUCUUGAUUUGCUUUUAAGCUACGUAACACUGACCUAUGAAUCACUGAAGAAACACUUAACUCAAAGUAUGAAGCAAUGAUGUCACUACAUGUAACAGACAACUUGCCAGAAACUUAGCAUAUCUUGGUGUCCUAAAAGAAUUCAGGGUGUGUUAAAGAACAAAGUUGCUCAUACCAAAUAGUGACUUUGUAACUCGUUAGAAAAAAAAAUACUUGCAUUGAUGAUAGCACAUGUUUGAAUAAACUGGUGCAGGAUCAUUCAGUCUCAAAUCAGCCAAUUUUUAGAUCCUUUCCUGCUCAAAUCCAAUUUGCAUAAAAAUUUUAUGGUACAAAGUUUGAUUA